AUUAUAUUUUCGGUGUGGGGAAAAACUAUAGUGCGGAUAAUUUAUGCUUCCCGAAUCUUUUAUCCACCAAAUCGAUAAGGGAAACACUUUCCAAUAACGUUAUUUUCAACACGCAUUCCCGACUUUCUUGCCAGCAAAAUCGCCGGAAUUAUGUCUACCGCCGUCGCAGAUGCUGUAAGCCAGCCAGCGGAGAAACCUGCCUAUGGAAUUCGCAAAAACGGAAAGCAAUGGCACGCUUUGAAGAGCGCAUUUCGCCCGAAAGCUGGCAAUGAUACGUAUGAGAAACGUAAUGCGGAGAGAGUGGCCAUGAACGUUGUGAAGGCAAAGGAGAAGGAGAUGAAGGAAGAGAAGGAAGCCGAGCGCCAAAGGAGGAUAACAGCGCUCAAGGACAAGCGUGCUGCGAAGGAGGAGAAGGCGCGAUACGAGAAGCUAGCAGAGACAAUGCACAGGAAGAGAGUGGAGAGGCUGAAGAGGAAGGAGAAGAGGAAUAAGAUGAUCAAGUCAUGAUGGAGAGAUUGCAUCGAUAAGCUGUAUACAUGGAUUGCGGGCGUAAUUAUGCAGAGGAUGGCGUUGGGGAUCUUGAUUCAGGGCAUAGUUGAAGGGAUAUAAGCCUAACGAUGAU